CUAAGUCAUAUAGAGAUACAACAUCAAAUGUCCAUAUCCUUAAAUCAUUUGCAAACUUUCAUCUCCUAAGUUUUCUAAUCUCCUUUUCAGGCAAUAAGGAUGGAACUGAGGGCAGAUCUUAGGUCAAUUCUUCAGUAUUUGCCUCUUGUGGCUCAGUCUUCAUCACUAGUUUGGCCACCUUCUGUCGAAGAAGAGCUCCAAACAAUAUCUAGAGGACCGAGUGAGUCAAUGGUUAACUCGGGAGAGGCUCUUGCCUUGCAUAUCACGAAUAUGCGGAAAUCUCUCUCCUUGAAUGCAUCUGAUCUCGCCCCUUAUGCAUUACAAGGGUAUGGUCUUUUCUUUGACAAGAAAAUUUCCAGAGAAGAGUCGGCAAACUUUUUUGGUGAGGUGGUUCCUGCAUUGUGCAGAUUACUUCUCCAGUUACCUUCCAUGUUAGAAAAACACUAUCAGAAGGCAGACCAUGUUCUUGAUGGAGUUAAGUCCGGGCUUCGUCUAUUAGGCCCUCAAGAAGCUGGAAUUGUGUUACUUAGCCAGGAGUUGAUUGCAGCUCUUCUUGCGUGUUCCUUCUUUUGCUUGUUCCCUGAAGUUGACAGAAGCUUAAAGAAUCUUCAAGGAAUCAACUUUAGUGGAUUGUUUUCGUUUCCGUAUAUGCGUCACUGCACGAAGCAAGAAAACAAAAUAAAGUGCCUUAUCCAUUACUUUGGAAGAAUAUGUCGAUGGAUGCCCACCGGCUUUGUUUCAUUUGAGAGGAAAAUUCUUCCACUGGAAUACCAUCCUCACUUUGUUUCUUAUCCCAAGGCUGAUUCGUGGGCUAAUUCUGUCACCCCACUUUGCUCCAUUGAGAUUCACACCUCGGGAGCUAUAGAAGAUCAACCUUGUGAAGCUCUUGAAGUAGAUUUUGCAGAUGAGUAUUUUGGAGGCCUUACUCUGAGUUAUGAUACUCUACAGGAAGAAAUAAGGUUCGUGAUCAACCCGGAACUUAUCGCUGGCAUGAUCUUUUUGCCUCGUAUGGAUGCAAAUGAAGCAAUUGAGAUUGUUGGUGUUGAAAGAUUUUCAGGUUAUACAGGGUAUGGGCCUUCGUUCCAAUAUGCUGGUGAUUACACAGACAACAAGGACUUAGACAUUUUCAGGAGGCGAAAAACAAGAGUCAUAGCUAUAGAUGCCAUGCCUGACCCAGGAAUGGGACAGUACAAACUUGAUGCCCUCAUUCGAGAGGUUAAUAAGGCUUUUAGCGGAUACAUGCAUCAAUGUAAAUAUAAUAUCGAUGUUAAGCAUGAUCCUGAGGCAUCAUCUUCGGUAAGACCACAAUUAUGCUCCAUACAUGAAUUUAGCAUACAUGUUAAGCAUUUUGUUUUUCUUGACUAGACCAAGAUUAAAUUUGUUUUCGCAAAGCAGCAUGUUCCUCUUACAUCAGAUUCUGCGAGCCAAGUUAUAGAAAGCUCUCAUAGAUGGUGUAUCGAUCAUGAAGAGAAAAAGAUUGGUGUAGCUACAGGGAACUGGGGCUGCGGUGUGUUUGGAGGUGAUCCAGAACUAAAGAUCAUGCUUCAGUGGCUUGCCAUUUCACAGUCAGGAAGACCCUUCAUGUCAUACUAUACCUUUGGCCUCCAAGCCUUACAAAAUCUCAAUCAGGUGAUCGAAAUGGUCGCUUUACAAGAAAUGACUGUAGGAGACCUAUGGAAAAAACUAGUUGAGUAUUCUUCAGAGAGGCUCAGCAGAAGAACAUGGCUUGGCUUCUUCUCGUGGCUCAUGACCUCACUGUCUACCUAGAGUAAAAAUUGAGUCAAAGUUAUAUAAAAUACUAUUCUUGUCUGAAUUAUGGGAAAUGUAUUAUCCAUAUCUCUGUUUGUUUCUGACAUAUUAAGUCUAAAGCGUUAGAUUGCUAAUCCAUUGUAGUGAAGUCAAAUAAUACUCAUGAUAUAAAGUCUUUAUGUAAUUUGGUUAGUUCCAAUCUUACGAGGAUUAUAUAUCUUGUGAAACAAAGGUAAGUGGGAAAUAAAACUUGCCAAAAACAAA